UGUAGCACACAACGAAUAUUUUAGCAGCAUUAUGAAUUGGAACCCUCUCAUUCUCCUCCUACCAAUAUUCCUUACACCGAGUUAUGGAGUGCGACUACACAAGUUUUUCCAAUUCUUAGACGGAUUCAAAGCCGACUACAAAUUGCGGGGAUACUUACAUCUAGGUUACGACUACGCCGUAUUUUUGCGACUUCCAAAACCACAUGACAAGUUUCUAGUCUACGAAUUGUAUGAAGCGAAGAAGAUAGCGGAUGUCGAACGCACCAAACCUCGUAUACUUGCAAUAUCUAAGGUACCCGUUGAUUUUAUUAAAGAACAGCUUAAAAUAUUCCGCGAAGAACUCUACAAGGCUAAGUAUGUAGAUGAAAAUGUUGUUCCGGGGACCAGAGUGAAAACAUUGAGAGAAUGGCAGCUAGAUAAACUGCUCAGCGGAAACAGAGACGAAACUAAACUGAUUCAGACCCAGCCGUACGUAUUAAGAACGAAAGUCUGA